AUGUAUCAGGGCAGUGUUUUAUUCUCCCAGUCCACUCCGAUACCAUUUUAUCAACCUGGAAGGACGAAAGGCUUGGUUGGCAGUAGGGCAGAAUCGAGCCUCCGAUCGAUCAUGCUGAAGCCACAGCGGAACUUCUUACCGAGUGCGUUACACCGUUGCAAGGCUGGCAGUGAUUACUCCAGCAGUAAUGACACUGCAGUGCUGGACAUAUUAAAGAGAGUCAUUCAACAACAUGUUGGUGUGGAUUCCAUCACAAUUUAUAGGACUGGUUGCGAAAAAGCGAAGAGUUGUUUGAAAGGAACAUGUUGUCGAUACGAUGGUUGCAACGAACGAUUAUACACAAUGAUGCUCACGGACAUCUCUGCGGUACCAGAUUUGCACGAACACCUGCCGCCAACAUGA